AUGCUGGUACCGGACUCAGCACCACUCGCUCAGCCGCGAUACACAUCCGUUCAGCAGAUGGCAUGGGGAAAGCUUGGAUCAUCGCUACCCUACGACCGUAUUGGUCAAAGGUAUCCUCAACAGGCUUCCGUCUGGGCGCAUCCUACGAUCCAUUUCGAGUCCUUCCCCACUUCUACCCACCCCAUACCAUACGAACUCCCCGAGGAUAUGAUGCCCAACGAUGUGUUCAUGUGGAGCAAGAAAAACACAGGUAUUGAAUGCUUUCAGCCCGUUGCAACGAGUAUCUCCAUGCCUCACGAUUCGACCGAAGAAUCCAUGCCAUCGACCAGCGCAAGCCCCGCAACGACCGCUCUGCCCGGCUCUCUCCCUGCAACCAACACCUCGUCAUCGUCCUGCCAACUACACACCGGUAUCGAUAUCGUCGGCAUCAACCCCGGCCCUCAUGACAUGUGGGGUAAUCGCGGCCGCAGCGUCGGCUCUCGCGGGCCCGUCCUAUGUCAAUCCCCCAAAUGGGCGCACGACAUGAAUGAGCCUCUCCGAGAAUCCCUCAAAGCCGCAUGGGAAGAUCUACAGAAGCACAACGGCGGUCCACACGCUUACCAACAACAAAACACUGUCACUUUCCCGCUGAACCAGGAAGACAUCACUGAAGUCCACGUCGAGCAGCAGUACCGCGCUCUCAAACUUGUUACGCAGAGUGGUCGGGUUGGAUACUUUGGGGAGCCGGAUAUGCGCGAUUGGUUCGUGAGGAAGGUGGUGGGUGGAGAGCGGAUUGUGGGGAUUAGUGCGUGUUUUGGGGCGUUGGGGGGUUGGAGUGAGUCGGCGAGGAUGUGGAGUCAUCUUAAGUUGAGUCGCGUGGGGGUGGUGUUUGAGAGGGUUGAUGGGGAGGGGAGGGUGAUUGGGAAGGAGGAAGAGAAGGAGAUGAGGGAGAAGGGUGUGGUAUUUGAGGAGGGCAAAGUUGUUAUGUGCUCAGAGUAG